AUGGCUAAUUUAUUACGUAUAUUUCCUAUUGCUGCUAUUAUUAUUUUGAUUAUUAUUAUACUUUUUGCAUUUAUUUAUUCAAUUCCAAUAAUAUUUAUUCGUCGUUUUCAUCAACAUAAUAAUAUACUUACAUUAAAUAUAUGUUUAGUUACAAUAUUUUGUUGUUUUUCUUGGAUUUGUAUUCAUGUAUUGUUUAUGAUUAAUAAUCCAUAUACAACACUUCAACGAAUGAAUUUAUUUUUUAAUAUAACAGCAAUGAUAUUUACUAUUCAAGUACCACUUAGUUUUUUAGCUGCAUCAAUUCAUCGUUGUUGUUCUAUAAUUUAUCAUAUGAAAAUUUUUUUUAAAACAAAACAUUGGGUUAUAUUAUGUAUUGGAAGUCAAUGGUUAUUCGGAAUUAUUAUAUCUAUACCAGAUUUAAUACAAAUUCGUUUAUCUAGAGAAGAUUUUCUAUGGCCAAAAAUUUAUACUUUAGUAAAUAUGUUGAUAAUUCCAUCGAUUAUUUAUUUUCUUACAAAUAUACUUAUCUAUUAUCAUGUUCGAUCUUCAUCUCGUCGUAUUCGACCACAAAUGAUUUUUCAUAAUGUUCAACAAAUAAAAAUAAGUCGUCGUGAUGUUUAUUUAUUACGACAUAUAGUUUUAAUGUUUUGUAUAUUUGUUGCAGGAUGGGCACCAACAUGUAUAUUACCAAUUAUGAAUUAUUUUAUAUAUAUUAAUUAUUUAUCAUAUGCAAUUUCAACAAUUUGGUGUGAAUUAGCUUUAUUAAUUAAUAUAAUUGAUUUAUUUUUGUAUAAUUAUAAAAUAAGAAAAUAUUUACGAAAUAUUUGUUUACGAUGUUUUACUAAAAUCUAA